GCUGAUUGAUGGCGUUGCUUAGUUACUGUAGCUAGACUGCUAGCCACUGAAUCCACGCAUGAAGCCUUGCUAGCUAGUUACCUGCCAUAGUUACAUGUAUAUGCAUUUGUUUUCAAGCAUAUCGAGGCUACUUGCUACAAAGUAGUUGGUUAGGUAGCUAAUUUACCUGCCUAUUUGAUUUCCCGCGAGUCUUAAAAUCUGCGUGCUUUUGACAGUCAACAACCAGUGUUGCUGGAGACAUCACCUGAUAUGUACAGCCCCAAAGAACUGGAGGGCGAGGUCGACCACUCGUUUUUUGACAGCGAUGGUGAUGUUGAAGACAGUGGCAUUUACAAAGAGCAGAGCAUUAACAGUGAAAUAGGGAGUAAAAGAAGCUCUCUAGCUAAAAAGGAGACAGAUACACAGCCAGAUGCUCCCCAGGCUAAGGGCAUUAUUGGGACAAAGAGGUCCAAUGCUGGGACUAGGGACCCCAGUCCUUUAGAAUUGAUACCUCAACCAGCGACAGAAGAGGAGAGUCAAGUCGUUGGGGCCGAAGACAGGAGCUGGUCUUCUAGCAUAUCCUCCACUAAAUCAGAGAAGGACGGAAGCGUGGAAGGGGAGGUGUCCAGCAUUCACUCUAAGAUCUCCUGUGACAUCCGCACUGCGUCGUCAGCAGAGGAGCAGGAGGAAGGCACAGAUGAUGAUGAGGACGGUUAUCACCAGAGCCAAGACGAAAGCGAGGAAGAGUCGGGGAAGCCAUCCGGUCCAAGGUUGAUACCUGGACCCAAAGGGACACACCACAGCCAUCCCAAGAAGCCUGUCAGGAAGCUUCGCCACAGGAGCCUGUCCCCAUCUUCCAGUUCGUCUGGAUCGGAGACAGACGACAGUUACAGCAGUGGGGAGAGUAGUUCGUCCGAGCCCCCUCUCUCUGUGGACAUGGUGCAUCCCGGAAGCCCAGAUCCCCACCCCAGCCUCCCAACCACACAGACAUUCACAUCAUCCUCUCCCAGACGAAGGCCACCCCGGCUUGGGUCGGCAGCAGACAGCAAAAUGCUUCACCCCAUCACCGUAAACGCCACCAUGGAAGAAGAGGAGGACACGGUGACUGACGUAACCCCACUGUCCACACCAGACGGCAGCCCAGUCCAAUCCCUCAACCUGGGUGUAGGGAGGAAUAUGAUGGUGGUGGAGGCGGAGUAUCAGGGGGCUGGGGGUGUAGGUGUCAGGCAGCAUCAGCAUCAAGGGACUGGGGGGAGCGCUGCCACUGGUAAUCUCAGCAGUAUACCUCCGGAAGAGGAAGGGGGCUCCUGCGACCCAGAUUUGGAUUUAGCCUUACUCAGUCGCCUAGGGAAUGACCUCACCAUCCACUGCCCCAGUAGAGGCGGAAACAGGAAGAACUACUCGUUCAACAACGACGAGGUGCGGCACAUUGACCGCGAGAACCAGAGGCUGCUGCACCAGCUGUCUCUCCGUUCACGACCUCGCAGCACAGGGGCAACCAGCACCAAUAGCAACUCCCUGAGAAGGUCCAAUGGACGGGGUGGGGGACCUCCUCCUGCCCGCCUCUACCACAGCGCCCUCAACCGGCAGCGUGAGCAGCAGCGCAUCGAGAAAGAAAACCUGGCUUUCCUACGGAGGCUAGAGUCUGUGAGGCCCACCCGUGGCAUGAAGAGGGCAGAGCAGCUGGCAGACUAUCAGCGCCAUGCAGGAUACCUGGGCAUCGCCACCCCUUUACCUGCCAUGGACAGAUCGUCAUCCAAAAUGGAGCGAAACACCACCGGAAUGUCACCAGGAAAAAGUCCCCGGCGUGGUAGUACCAACCACCAUCAAAAUGCCAGGACAUCAUCUACCAACACCCCCACUCUCCUACCCAGAUACGCCAGUGCAGAAAUGUCCCAUUCCUGAGAGCUGUGCCCAAGGAGGAGCAUCAUCCCCCAACUCUCCCACCCCCUCCAAGUCCUGCUUGGGGAUAGAAUUGGAUUAAGUUGCCCCUCAGUGCGGUCCCAAGUUAGGUUUUGCAUUUUUUCCCCAGGAAGGGUAAUUUUAGGAUUUUGGGGGUGUCCUACAGAAUAAAGCAUCCUUUUCCGAUAAGCGUUAAAACUAAAGAAUUGUUCUACACUCAAUCUCCAGUUUGCUGUCAUCCGAUGUAACUUAUUUAACACACUUUUGUAAUUAUUACGUUUUAGUGCAUAUUAAUAAUAACCAAAGCAAUCUGAUGGUCAGUUUCCAAGAGUUGGAUAACAAUUACUCCUGGCCUAAAAGAUUUUUCCCUCUUGUACUUCUCUUUUGAUUUCAUGACUAGGCUUGAUUUUGAAGCCAGUCCUGUAUGAUAUACGAGUGAUUGCCAUUAGUCCACCAUUCUCAUAUUUUUUUUUAAAUUGAGGUUCAAGGCUUGCUGCUCUAAACACUUAUGAACUUUGCUUCUCUCGUAAUUUAAAGUGUAUCAUUUCACCCUUGAUAUAGUGUAAUAUGGUUCAGGGACCAGAAACAUUCCUUGGUCAGCAUUGCAGGCAGUCCUAUCUAUGUGCUCAGUGAAUCUAGUACUAAAUUUGCCGUACUGUAUUCAUAGUUUUCAGAACUUUGUGCUACAUUCUAAUGAAAAAUGAGGGAGUUCUUUCAGAUCAAGUAAAGAAUUUGCUAAACAUCAUAGGAGUAAAGUCAUAUAUACUGUAUAUGUUUAUUUUUAUUGAGAUGUGAAUGUUUUGCCGUUUUCCAAUUAAACUGCUUGUUGCACACA